AUGCAAAGGCAUAUUACCUCUUUAGGCUAUGACGUGUGGGCUGCAGUUGAAACUGCCUAUACCUUUGCUACUUCCCCAAAAACCUCUGACAAGAAAAAGGCUUAUGAAUGUGAUGCUAAGGCAUCAAAUGCUAUAUGUUGUGGUCUGUCAAAUGAUGUGUUAGUUAAAGUUAUGGAUUGCAAAAAUGCAAAAGCCAUAUGGGAUAAACUAUCUAGUAUUUAUAAAGGUGAUGAUAAAGUUAAAGAAGCAAAACUGCAGACCUUUAGGGCUAGAUUUGAAAGUUUGAAAAUGACUAAAGAUGAGAAAAUAGCUGAUUUUUUUCUUAGGAUUUCAGAAAUUGUAAAUUCAAUAAGAGGUCUUGGUGAAACUCUGGAGGAAAAGGUUGUUGUUAAAAAGGUUUUAAGGUCUUUGACACCGAAGUAUGAUUCCAAAGUCUCAGCUCUAGAAGAAAGAGACUUAAAUAAACUUACUAUAGAUGAAAUGCAUGGUGUUUUAACUGCUUAUGAAAUGAGAAUAAGUGAAGACAUUCAACCUAGUAAAGAAACUGCAUUCAAAACUCAUAAAAAAGAUAAUGAUUCAGAGUUAGAUAAACCUGAUGAUGAGACAGUCUUUAUUAGUAGACUUAAAAGAGGGUCAAGUAGAUAUAGAGGAAAACUGCCUUUCAAAUGUUUUAACUGUGGUAAAAUUGGCCACUAUGCUGCUCAAUGUCCUAGUAAAUAA